GCGAGUUCCGCGCAGAUGACAGCAAAGAACCCUCUCACACAGCCCCCUUCCUCCCCAAGCGCGAGGCGGCCGUUGUUGCUACUGGUGGCGGUGGCGAGCAUCCUCGCCACAACCAUCUACGUCAACACAAGACUCGCCAAUAAUGCGUCGGUUGGUCUCAGUAACAGCUUGGGAGCCACUCCGUACAACCAUUCGCAUCUAGACUGGAAGAUGGACACGGCUGCAUUCGAAGACAGCGUCGCGGCCGCAGCACAUCCGACAUCAUCGUUCUACAGGCGUGGGAAGACCUUCGACAGGAGUGUGAGCCGUGAGCGCGCGGCCAUGGUGUGCCUUCACGAUGCGAUGCUGAACAUGGGACUGUCACUCAUUAGAGAGCUACGCUGUCUUGGCAACCGAGAACUCAUUCAAGUGUAUCACUGCGGAAAAGAGCUCUCAGAUCGAUCGGUGGAACUCUUGUUCAGUCUGGACAACCGCGUGGAACUCGUGGAUGUUUGUUCUGAUCUUUCGUCUCGCGGUGUCAUAUCGACAGAAAUGGCGUCAAAGUUUCGGAGCUGGUGGAUCAAGCCGCUUGCAAUGUACCACACGGAUGUUCGCCAUGUAAUGCUGCUGGACGUGGAUGAUGUCAUCUUAAAAGAUCCUGCAAUUGUGCGCAGUCUUGAUGGAUACGUGAAGACUGGCACCACGUUCUUCUACGACCGAGUCAUCACACUAAGGAAAUUUCUGACUGGCAACGAUACUGGGAAAAUGUACGUGCACAAACUGCUCCAUGACUUUGACUAUGCCAGAUACAACGUAUCCGAGGGAUUCGCUCCCUCUGAGCACAUGCUCAAUACCUUUGCCUACCGAGGCAAGUCUAUUCAUGAGAUGGAUUCAUCAAUGGUGUUGAUCGACAAGAAACGUGCAGGGAAGACUGUCAUGGACAUUUUGUUUUGGUUUAUCACGAAGGAACGCUUUCGUUUCACGUAUUCAUGGGGAGAUAAGGAGACUUUUUGGUUAGCAUUCGAGGUGGCACGUGCGCCGUACUUCUUCUCGCCAUGGGGUGUUAGCGUGGUGAAUUCGAUGCCGAAUGAAGACAUGAAGAACCACCCUGACUCACUUUGCGGUAGUAUCCUGCAGUAUAUGCCAGUUCAGGACAAUGGCAGUGAGGAGCCAGAAAUUCUGUACAUGAACGGCAAGGCGCUGAUCGACCCGUAUCCUCAAGGCAUCAAAUUUAUCCAGAAGGCAAAGCAGAACAAUUUGUUCAAUACUGUUCCAACUCAUAUGACGCCUCGUCAACAGCGAAGACAAGUCGACAAGGCGGCGUACCCAGGCAAAAAGUUCAAUACCGAGUGUCUGGUUGGAAUGGGAGCGACACCAUUACCAGAUUAUUUUUCGCAGAAUCUGUUGCGUCGCCGUCUUCACUUUCUCGGCAUCGCCAUGGGUGUUCUGGGCUCGCUACAACAUUGCGAGACGUACAAAUAGAACCAGUCGUCAACGUUUAAUUAGUGUUUGGUUUUUCACGCAACAAUUCAUGUACACAUACACUAUCCUACGUUGCAGAGU